UUUAUUUAUUUCUCAGAGAGAGAGAGAGAGAACACACAAGCAGGCAGAGGCAGAGAGAGAAGCAGGCUCCCCACUGAGCAAGGAGCCCAAUGUGGGAUUUAAUCCCAGGACCCGGGGAUCAUGACGUGAGCCGGAGGCAGCUGCCCAACCGACUAAGCCACCCAGGCGUCCCUAUCUGAUGAGUUUUGACAAAUGUAUAGGUAAUUUGAUUUGGGGUGGAGGGCAUUAAGGUCACCUGAAAUUAUGUAGGUCCAGGGAUUUAGCAGAGGGAUCGUGGCUAGGAAAGAGAACUUCAGGGCUUUUGGAAAACAUGCCCAAACAGGGACAGGUGGAGGCACCAGGGCCGACCUGAAAUUCCUGCGGUCUCAGUGCACCAGAAUCUGAAUUUCCAGAAUGUCACACAACUUCGUGGCACUUUUCAGCCCUCCUCAGGGAGUGGGCCAGCUCCCUUUCACACCAGUCUCACCUGUAUAAGCCAGGAGCAGUGACCUGGGACUGAGUCUUCCCUUCUCCCUGCAACUCUCCUACCACCACCCACACUCCCCAUCCCUGCCUACCGGUGGGGAUGGGAGGGGUCCGCUCCAGCCCGCCACAGCCAAACUUCACCGCUGCCUUGACACCCACUGGGCCUGAUUUUCUCUCCAGACGCAGUUAGAAAUCGACUUCGGGUCUGCAGCACUAUUACAGGCGGGAAAAAGCGAAAGCUCUGCACCAGGUGUUGGCGUCAGAAAUACCCCUUUGGGUCCGCCGCCCUCCGGUCCCUGGGGGAGUCUAGGUAUCUGAGGCACGGUCUACUGAGUCAGCCCAGCAACCAGGUCCUCUCCCGCUCCUCUGCCUCUAAAACCCUCUAGAGGUUGCAGUUUCAGCUUCACUUAGAGACGGCAACUCUUGAGUUCAGGUUGGCUGGGGAAACUGAGGCAAAACUGGGAAGGGGUCUAAAGUUGACCACAGACACCCCCACCCCCACCCCGAACUGCGAUAGCCCCUUCCGAAAGCCCAAAGCGGUGCGCACGUAUCCAGGAAACCCGUGGGGGUGGGUCCGUGCAAAAGUCUUGGGGAAAGCGAAGCACCACAGCUGCGGGGAAGCCACAGGGGUGGGGCCGGGGGUGGGUCCUGGUGGAGGGCGGGGCCGACCUGGGCUUCCAAGAGUGCCAGCGUAGCCCUGCACAGCACAGGUGGUGGUGGUGGCGGCCCUUGCCUGUGGUUCUUGUUCUGCGUGCGCUAGACAUCGCAGCCAUGGAGGGACCCGAGGAGCUUCUGAGUGGGAAGCUCCAGCUCUGCUUCACCCCCGCUGCCGGGACUAGCCUCCUGAUGUUCAGGCUCAACGACGCGGUGCUGCGGGCACUGCAGGAGUGUCGGCGGCAACAGGUUCGGCCAGUGAUCGCUUUCCAAGGCAACCGAGGGUAUCUGAGGUUCCCAGGCCCUGGCUGGUCCUGCCUCUUCUCCUUCUUAGUGUCCCAGUGUGGCCAGGAGGGCCCUGGAGGUGGCUUGGACCUUGUGUGCCAACGCUUAGGCAGAUCUGAGCCUAACCAGCUCCACUGCCUGGGCCCACUCAGGGAUCGCCUCACUAUUUGGGCAGCCAUGGAUUCCAUCCCAGCCCCAUCUAUAGUUCAGAGACAUAAUCUGAUGGACCGCAUCAGAGAUCCUGAGAGUUGGCAGAACACAGGAGACUAUUCUGAAGAAGACACAGUUUCACAGCCACAGAUGGCGCUAAAAGAGGUGCCAGAUCCACUGGCAAGCAGCCAAGGACGGUCACUCCCAGGAUCCUCAAAGGAACACAUGACACAGUGGGAAGUGAGAAACCAGACCUAUCUUCCAAACAGAGAACCUGAUCAGGCACUGACUUCUGCUAGCCAGAAACAUUUGGACAAGAAGCGUCCGGCAUCUACAACCACUCUAGGACUAGAAGAAAAGAGACUCAGAACUCUGCCUUUAGCUCCAAGUCCCCUACAAGGGCUGCCCAGUCAGGACCUGCAAGAGGGAGAAGACUGGGAACAAGAGGAUAAGGAUGAAGACAUGGGCCCCAGGUUGGAACACAGUCCCUCAGUUCAAGCUGAUUCUGAAUCCCCAAGCCCUGAAGAGGUACCAGAUUAUGUCCUGCAAUACAGGGCCAUCUGCAGUGCAGAGCAGCAACAUGCUUAUGAGCAGGACUUUGAGACAGAUUAUACUGAAUACCGCAUCCUACAUGCUCGUGUUGGGGCUGCAAGCCAAAGGUUCAUAGAGCUGGGAGCGGAGAUCAAGAGAGUUCAGCGAGGAACUCCAGAACACAAGGUACUGGAAGAAAAAAUAGUCCAGGAAUAUAGAAAGUUCAGGAAGCGGUACCCAGGUUAUAGGGAAGAAAAGCGUCGCUGUGAGUACCUGCAUCAGAAAUUGUCCCACAUUAAAGGUCUCAUUCUGGAGUUUGAGGAAAAGAACAGGGAAAGCUGAAGCUGUCAGAAGGCUUUGUGCGAUAUGAAGAACAAAGCAGCUAUGAACUACAUAGAGUGCAAGUGUCUGUUCUUAUUGCUGAGUCCAUGGUGGCAAGCAUGAGUUAAACUUCUAAAUUCUUUAAGGUCUGACUUUUAUUGUUGCCAUAUUUUACUUUUUAGGGUUUGGGCACAGUGCCAAGACUCCACAGCUGUGCCCAGGAGACUAGGAAGAGUAGUAGAGGCUUAGCUUCUUCAUCUUUAGUUCAGCCAAGUCAUUUUCAAAUCCUGAGAUUUCAGGAUUUCACCAUUUCCAGGACAAGAUACCUUGAGAGCUUGGUUGCCUCCCUAAAGAAAUAGUAAUGAGAACUUUUGGUAACAGAGCUGAAGUAACUUGUAAUACACCUAGAUAUAAUGGGAAAGGGAUUGGUUGUUCCCCCUGUUCUGGAAGUGAAUUAUUUUACAAACAUGGCUGAAAAAAUGAAAACUG